AUGUUGCGGAAAGGGGGGGACUGGGGGCCGUGCGCCCGGGCCGAUGGCCCGGUACUGCCGGCUCAGGGCUCCAGCUCCCAGUCAGAGGCACAGUCGGUUGUCGCUGCUGAGCUCUGGGCCGUGCUGGGGCCGCGCGAGUCGGCCGAGACCUGCUUGCGUCGCAAGCCCCUCGUCACGGCGAGGCGGCCCCUUGACGCUCGUGGCGGAAGAGCGGCGUGUUCACUGGGCGGAAAAAAUCAUCAAAAGCACAGCACCUGUGGGGGAGGUGUGCCAGAAAAGAAGACAGUGUCGUCCCGACAGAAAGAUUCGCGAUCAAAGUUAAGGUGUGGGAAUAAAUCAACCUCUCAGGCGGCCGUCAUCGAUGUGUCCUGCCUGCCGGGAGUGUAUUCCCCUAUGCCAGUGUGUGAUGGCAGGGGGGCGGCAAUACUGUGCGGCACUCUGUCACAGACAAAAAUAAAAAACCACAAGCCACCCCCCCGUUAUUGUAACCAUCAGUAG